AUGAUAUCCAAGAUACUUCUCACAGCCUUGGCCCUGGCUAGCCUCGGUACUACCAAAUCCAUCCAGAUCGAAGAUACUCCCGUCCUUCCCAAUGGAUGGGAAAAGAUCGACAAGACAGCCGAAUUUAGCCAUGCGCUGCGACUCUCUAUCGCUCUGCGACAACCCGAUAUCGCAAACCUCAAGACAGGACUACGGAGACGCGAUAUUACAUCUGGGAAGUACAUCCAGCGUCACCUGAGCCAGAAGGAGGCCCUCGCCCUGCGAGAUCCAGACCAGCAAGAUGUCGAUCAGGUACUGGCCUGGCUCAAGAGCAAAGGUGUAGCAGCAAAGGCGACACCGGACAAGGACUGGAUCCACGUCAAAACAACUGUCAAAGCAGCCCAGGAUCUUCUCGACACUGAAAUUGGCUUUUAUCAGUUUCAAGACCAAACGCCUGUUCUUCGAACAAGACAGUACUCUGUGCCCGAAUCUGUGGCCGAUGCCAUCAGCUUCAUCCACCCAAUCGCCAACUUCAUGAGACCCACGAAGGAACUCACCACCCUCGAACCAGACUUUACACCAAGUCAGCCCGAAGACUCACAUCAGGAGAAGCGUGCCGUUGCUUGCAGCAGGGGCGUCACGCCCGAUUGCCUCCAUGACCUGUACAAUAUCAGCUAUCCCGCCUACAACGGCAGCUCCUCUAUCCGCUUUGGCAUUGCUGGUUUCCUGGGAGAGAACGCCAACUAUGAGGACAGCAACGAUUUCCUCAGGAUUUACGCAAAGCCACUCUAUCAAGCUCGUUAUAACUUCUCGGUCCAGUUGAUCAACGGUGCCAAGAACUCACAAAAGCUUUUCGAUGCAGGAAACGAGGCGGCUCUCGAUGUUCAGUAUGCUAUGGCACUUGGCUAUCCCACCAACAUCACUUACUACCUUGCUGAUGGCCGUGGCCCUACGCUGGACGACGAUGGCGAGGAACUGCCUGAGGAGUACAACGAUAACGAACCCUACCUCGAGUUCCUCGACUACCUUCUUGAUCUCUCCGAUGAUGAGGUUCCCCAUGUGCUAUCUGUUUCUUAUGGUGACAACGAGGUUUCGGUCCCCCGCAAGUACGCCGAGCGUGUCUGCUCUCUGUUCGGACUUUUGACGGCUCGCGGUACAACUAUCCUGGCAGCUUCAGGUGACGGAGGUGCUAAGGGAUCAAGCAAUUCAAGCUGCCACACUGUCGACGGCAGCAACAAGGAUGUUGCUAUGGCUGUCUUUCCCGCGACUUGCCCAUGGGUCACAAGCAUCGGCGGCGUAACGACCGCGACAGACCCACCUGAGGGCGCUGAGUUCAGUGGCGGUGGUUUCUCGCAGUACUUCCCCCGUGAGAAGUGGCAGGAUGCCUCUAUCAAGAGCUACGUCAAGGCGCUCGACGGCCAUCUCGAUGGCUACUACAACGCCAGCAACCGAGGAGUGCCUGACAUGUCUGUCGUGGCUACCAACUUCAUCACCCGUAUCAAAGGACAGUCAGCAGGUCUUCGAGGCACCAGCGCCAGCACGCCUGUAGUUGCGGCCAUGAUCGCGCUGAUCAACGACGCGCGCGUGCGCAAGGGCAAAGAUGUGCUGGGUUGGAUCAACGAGGCUCUCUAUUCAGAGGAGGUGCAGGCUGUGCUUCAGGACGCGGUCAAGGGAGACAGCCGAUCGUGCGAUUUCAGAAAAGGUGGCAGCCCUGGAGGCUGGCCGGCAUCCAAGGGCUGGGAUGCGAUUACAGGGCUUGGAAUUCCAUCUGAUUUCCAGAAGCUAUUUGACGUCCUGGUGGCCAUUUGA